GCUGUUCAACCACAAUCAGAAACUCAAUUAUUUGCCAUUCUAAUAGUAACUGCAAAAUUUUUAUUUCACACAAAAACUUAGCUGGAAGACAAUUAAUUCAAUAAACAGUUUCCAAAUAUUUUUUACUCUGAUGCGGCACAAUACCAUGGGCUCAGUUUCUUCAUCUUUGAGUCAUUUCUUACAUAAAGAUAGGGAGACCAGAUAGAGCUUCAUGUAACCGGCUGUUCUUGUUGCUCUAAGAGCCGAACUCUGAGAAAAAGAGAGAAAUUUAGAACCGUUAUUUUUUUUUUUUUGUUAUUUUCUUGUUCUUUUGAGGGGAAGAGAGUUAAAAGACAGCAGAGAGAAGUGGCUUUGUUUUCUUGCAAAGAUGUACAAGCAAGCUUUAAUGGGAGAUGCAUGGAUGAGAGAAGCUCAAGAAGCAUCAAAGUUGAUGGAAGACAUAGAAACUAGAGUAAACAACAUGAACCCAACACUAAAACACCAAGAAAACAGGCUUUUAGACAGUGCUGCUCGUUCCAAGCUUUUGGAAGCUGGGAUCAAACUCGAUCGUCUUGAAUCACUUCUUAGAAAUCCUCCUUCCAAACCCGUAUUAACUAAAGAAGAUCUGGAUUAUCGAUGGAAAAUGCUGUCAGAUAUGCAGAUGAGAACAAAAACAUUAGCUCUUAGCCUGUAUGCAGUACCAACUUCAAGCAGGCCAGGAUACUUGACUCCUGGAAACACCAAAGCAACAAACACAACUGUCAAUGACCAUAAGCAAGAUGAAACAAAAACAUUAUCAUCCACCGAGGACCCGGAGGAGCUUGUCAAACCUCUUAUUUCUAAUGAUGGAACAACGCAAAGCCAAGUACAGAUGAAACAAUGUGGUUCUUCUACUUCACUGAGUUUGCUUUGGAAGGUUUUCUGGAUCUUCGGACAGAGGAAGCAUCAAAUGAUGCAAUUUUUAUCAUCUGGUGCAAUUUUGAAUAUAAUGUUGUUGUUCAAUCCUAAUUCCCAAGCUUCCUAGGGAGCAAGCAAGGAAAAAAUUGCUGACAAUUUACGGAGAGAAUAUUGGAAGCAAUUUUGUGAAGAACAAGUCGAUACUGUAAUUUAAAUAUAAGAAGCUCUUGUAUAUGUUGAUUGAUAUUUUUUCUCUCUCCCCACUUCAAAAAUGACAAUUCCAAUUUCACCUUGAAAUGCAAUUCAGCUACAUGAAAACUAAUGUUAUCCAGAAGAAGUUUCCAAACUGCUCUUAUAUAGCAUAAAUAAAAACAUGCCAGAUGCCUGGACAGUUGAAGAAGGUUCUGUCAAGUUGUCAGGUGGCCUAUAACCUCAAUCAAACCCCUCUUUGAACCUAAACCUCCAAAUUCCAAUGGCAAAAAAAGAUGUUGUCACAGUCAAAUACAAACCAAGUUUUGACCUGAUUAUUACUGGGAAACUGUUACUCUUCUGGUAACUUGCAUACUCAAAAAGCAGAUUGAAAACAUUUGACUUGCUGGAUUGUCCAACCUGGGAUUGAUUCUUGCUCCAAAAUAUGACUGAAUGUAUUUGAGUCACUGGCUCAUCGGACUUGACAACAUUUAUGAGUCGCUUGUUCAACUGACCCUCAGAGACAUGACCCUGAACUAGCAUUCAUGGCUGCCCUCCAUACUCAGAGAUGGAUCACUAGAGAAAAAGGAUGGCAACUUCAAUGUUACCGACAAGAGCGUACACUUAGGUUAGGAUAAACUAUGACUUCAGGUAGAAGGUAGGGAAUCUGAGAGAGAAAGAUUGAAGAUCACAAUGAGAGUCUUGUAAUUUGUCUGAGAAGGGUUCCUCAUGCUACAAGGUGAAGAUGGAUGAAAAGACAGAGCACCAAACAAUAAAUUUUAGCUUUCCUUUUUGUAUCUUUAGCCUGCAAAAAAGAUGGAAUAUGGUGCUAGAUAUUGUAAUCUAUAAUUCACCAUUGUUUAAAUAAAGCAACAUUCUCUCUCUCUCUGGAUUUUCCCACCUCUAUAUGCUUCAUUUCUUUCACCUACCAUGAAGAAGUACUCCAUUUUCCCAAAUGGGGUGGCUGCAAUCCCUCCUCUUGCCAUUGAAGAAGCUGUGGUUUGGGAUUCGCUCAGCUCCAAGAAGAAGCUGUAGUAUUAUUUUAGUUUAUUUUUCCAUUUUUCUGCCAUGUUUUGCAGCAUGACAUAUCAUACAUACACACACGCGCGUGCACAUACAUUCACACGCAAUAUUU